ACAACACACACACAUAUUUGUUUGUAUAUAUAUAUGGGUUUGUUGAACAUUACAUGCUCAAUGAUUCGAACGUCCUAUUCCGUUUAUAUUUUGAGAACCUUCUCUGCAAACCCUAAUUUUUUUGUGCUUUAUUUCAGCUUCUUCUUCAUUCACUUCCUGCCAUUUUUCUGCAACUAUUUACUAUCCAAGAAUCCAAUUUCAGGGUUUCCUUCUUUCUCACUUUCUUUCUCUGCAACUACUUUCAGGGUUUCCUUCAUUUUCUACUUCUUCUUCUUCUUCUUCUUCUUCUUCUUUUUGUUUUUUGUUUGUUUUUCUUUCUCGCUCUUUUUCUCUCACAGCCUUUGAUACCCUUUUCUUACUCUGCAAAUACUUUCAAGGUUUUCUUCUUCUUCUUCUUUUUGCUUUUUGUUUUCUUGUUUCUUUUUUUCUCUCACAGCUUUUUGAGACCAUUUUCUUACAAGGGUUUUAACGAUUUCUUGGUUCUUUGCCUUGAUUAGCUCAAUUCCGUAAAAAUCAUUGGUUUAUCUUUUCUGGGUCUUGGAAAAUCUCUCUGAAUCACUGGUUUGACGAAUUUCAAUCUAUCAAGAAAUCCAAGAACACAUGGAGGAUGAUCAAAGAAUGUUGUUGGGUCCCAAAGGCCUAAUUAAGCGACCUGAACUUGUAAGAGUGAUGAUACAAGCUCUCCAUUGUUUAGGCUACAGUAGAACUGCAAGCAAAUUCGAAUCAGAGUCUGGUAUUUCAUUAGAAAUCCCGAAAGAUCCCGAAUCUUUGGCGUUCGAUUCUCUGAAAUCACACAUUCUUAACGGGAAUUGGGAAGCUAGUGCCAAAAUGCUCUGGAAGGCGAAUGAUUUGACUGAUGAGGCAAGGAGUAAAGCUAUGUUCUUGGUCCUCAGAUCGUGGAUGAUAGAGUGCGUGAGCGAAGGUGACCUUUCUUCACUAACGGAGAUCGUUCACCUUCAGAAGAACGAUUAUCAAUUCACAAUGAGCAAAAGUGACAUGGAAAAUCUGGAUUAUUUUGUCACUCGUUUCGAAGAUUAUGAUAUGAUGGACUACAGUGUCGAUGUGAUUUCUAUUCCACUAUGUCGGAAAGAGUUGGUGGAGUACUUGAAAUAUGUGCUUCCUCCUGAGAUAAAAAUGACUGAAAGAAGGUUAGAAAGUCUGGUUGAGACGACAAUUCGAGCUCAGAUAAAUUCUUGUAGCUACCACAACUCGGCAGAUCCAAUUUCGCUGUUGGAGGACCAUUGCUGCUGUAGAGAUCAGUUUCCUACCGAGACAGUGCAGGUUUUACAAGGGCACAGCGAUGAAGUGUGGUUUGUGAAGUUCUCAAAUAAUGGGAAGUACUUAGCCUCAUCAUCAAAAGACUGCAGAGCUAUGAUAUGGAAGGUAAUUGAAGAUCAUCUGGAAUUGAUGCACACUCUUAAAGGCCACGAAAAACCUGUCUCCUUCGUGUCGUGGAGCCCCAGUGACAGUAUGUUACUCACGUGUGGACAGGAAGAAGUUAUCAGGUUAUGGAAUGUUGAUACAGGAUGCUGCUUGCGUAUAUUCAACGAAUUUGGCUUGACUUUGAGCUCGUGUGCUUGGUUACCUGAUGAGAAAGGGAUAUUCUAUGGAAAUAUCAGGCCAAGAAAGUACAUUUUCAUGCACAAAUUCGAUGAUAAUAGGAUCAAGUCAUUUUCAGGGGGAAGGAAACACAUGAUUCGUGAUUUUGCUUUGACACCAAAUGGGAAGUAUCUUAUCAUCGUUUCUUCUGAUAAUGAUAUUCUAAUAAGGAAUCUUGAAACUCGUGGGCACAGUUUUCUAAUAGAGGAGUCUGCAAUUGUUUCGAUUUCCAUUUCUGAAGAUAGCGAGUUUCUGAUAAUGAAUCUUAAUAACCAAGAGAUCCACAUACGUGAUCUCAAUGGGAUAAUGACCGAGCCAUUUAACUAUAGAGGGCAUAAGCUAGCAGGAUUUGUAAUCCAUUCCUGCUUUGGUGGCUAUGAAUCGAUGUUUAUUGCCAGUGGUAGUGAGGACUCUCAGGUGUACAUCUGGAAACGGAGAAAUGAGAAGCCGUUGGAAGUUUUGGCUGGCCAUUUAGGGACUGUGAACUGUGUGAGCUGGAACCCGAAAAUGCCUGAAAUGUUGGCAUCAGCAAGUGAUGAUUGUACCGUCCGCAUAUGGGGUCCUAAGAAGCCGAAGAGAGGAGGUUCAUGAGAUGUUUGGUAUGAACGAUGCAAAUUUUGAUAACACUGUUGCUGUAUCUUGUCACAUUCUUUAUUCUUUCAUUCUUCAGCUUUCUCUGUAAUUAGACUCCAAUUCCUUUUGACAAAUCCUCUGUAAUAAAGUAGUAUUCUUGUAGCUCGACCUCUUGGAGAUCGAGAAUUCAAAUCCAUUUA